UCCGCACUCUGGUAAGUGACAUUCUAUUUUGUUUUUGAGAGAUCUGACGCUUCCUUAUUUUCAGUCAGACUUAAAGACAGAAAAGCAUGGUAUCCAGCCGCUUCGCCUUUUUCGGCAUUUUUCUUUUGUGCACCUGCUCGGCUUCACCGCCGAAUUUCGUCCUCCUCUUCGCUGACGAUUUGGGUUUCGGGGACUUGGGCUGUUAUGGACAUCCCAGUUCACUCACUCCCAACCUGGACCGCCUAGCAGCUGAAGGACUCCAAUUCACAGAUUUUUACAGCACCUGCCCCGUGUGCAGCCCGUCCAGGGCAUCAUUGUUGACAGGUCGCUAUCAGACCCGGUCAGGAGUCUACCCAGGCGUGUUGUACCCAGGAUCUAUAGGUGGUCUUCCUCUGAAUGAGACCACCAUCGCCGAAGUGUUAAGGCCCCUGGGUUAUGCUACAGCAGUCAUAGGAAAGUGGCACUUAGGGCUUGGACACAAUGGCAUGUUUCUCCCAACCAAGCAGGGCUUUGACCAUUUCCUGGGGAUCCCAUACUCCCAUGACAUGGGCCCCUGUAAGAAUCUGACUUGUUUCCCUCCAGAUAUAAAGUGCUAUGGAGUGUGUGAUAUUAACACUGUAACCGUCCCGCUAAUGCAGAAUGAGGUCAUCAAACAACAACCAGUCAACUUCCUGGAUCUGGAGAGGAGUUACAGUGACUUUGCAACAAACUUCAUAACCACAUCGGUUGAGAAAAAACAACCAUUCUUCCUCUACUAUCCAUCACAUCACACCCACUACCCCCAGUAUGCAGGUAUAGGGGCAGCUGGACGAUCUUUAAGGGGUCCGUUUGGGGAUUCCCUGUUGGAGUUUGACAACACUGUAGGCCACCUGAUGGCAACUCUGGAGAGGACAGGAGUGAUCAACAACACAUUGGUCUUCUUUACAUCAGACAAUGGGCCUGAACUGAUGCGUAUGUCCCGUGGAGGCAACGCUGGUCCUCUGAAAUGUGGCAAAGGUACCACAUAUGAGGGAGGCAUGAGAGAACCUGCCAUCGCCUACUGGCCGGGGACCAUCAAGCCAGGUGUUACUCAUGAGAUGGCCAGCACUCUAGAUAUCCUCCCCACAUUGGCGCGCCUGGCAGAAGCUGAACUACCACAGGUGAUGCUGGAUGGGGUCGAUAUAACGGAUAUCCUCGUUAAACAAGGAAAGAGUAAAAGGGAAGCCAUGAUGUUCUACCCUGUAGAUCCCAGUGAAAAAUAUGGCCUCUUUGCUGUAAGGCUGGGAAAAUACAAGGCUCACUUCUAUACACAAGGUGCUUUCCACAGCAGUACUACACCAGACAAAGACUGCCCAGAAACAGCAGUCUUCAAGGCUCACGACCCUCCUCUGAUAUUUGAUCUGGAGGCUGACCCAUGUGAGCACUAUGCUCUACCAGUAAAUACACCUGACAUCCAAACUGUGCUGGAACAGAUCAAAACAGUUAAGGAGCAAUUUGAAUCCUCCAUGGUGUUUGGAGAGAGCCAAGUGGCAAAAGGAACAGACCCCAGCCUUGAGCCGUGCUGCAACCCUGAGUGUAGCCCCAAACCUAGCUGCUGUCAAUGUUGAUGAGAAAAACCUUUGCAGCUUGACAAUGGAAGGGAAAGUUGGACUAAAGUGCUGCUCUCCUGUGGAGAGUUGAGUUUUAAUUACUGGAAAUGGAAAAUGAAUGUAAAGACAAUGUGCUCCCUUAGCGAGGAGAUGAUUUUCUAAAAUGUAAUACUUUUGAAAUUAUAACUAAUGUUUAACAGUGUACUGUAUCGUCUUUCUUCUGUGCUGUGAGUAUUGUUUUAUUUGAUUUCUAAUUUCCACUCAAGCAAUUCUUUGUAAGCCCUUUUCACUCAUAAUAUCAUGGGUUAACUAAACAAUGAAGAC